AUGGAUUCCAUGGGGUCAAUGAUCCCAUUUCUCGACCAACCGGUCAUGUUGCACUCUUCUCGCGAUCCGGGAGAGUGCACACUGACCCCGGAGCAAUGUGCCUAUAAAUCACAAUAUUGGGUGAACUGGUACCAGGCGGACCAUCGCUAUGCUUUGCCGACGGUUGCGUUCUUCCUGACGGCCAUUGUGAUCUUUGCAAUUAGCCAUGUGGUCUCUGCGAUCGCUCCGCAGAGUGUGAAGAAGAGUGUCUUUUGGUCUCGUUCAGUAUCUUUCCUCCGAUUCUUGUCCUACAAGAGCUGGAGAAUUGCAGGGUGGAACACGCAAUCCCUGGGCAUGUUCUUGCUGGGGGGAGCAGGUCUGGUCUUCUUCUUGGCAAUGACACUCGGUCCCCUUCCGUAUUACUGGCCAAACACCAAAGAGGUCAGCUAUGGUGGAUCGCCCCCUAUUGCCACCCGAACAGGGUUCAUGGCUCUGGCAUGCAUGCCAUUCCUAAUUAUCCUCGGCGCCAAAGCAAACCCAAUCACAGCCCUGACAGGUAUCUCCCACGAGAAGCUCAACAUCUGGCACAACUGGGUCGCCUGGGCCAUGUUUGUCCUUGCUUUGAUCCACACAUUUCCCUUCAUCAUCGUUCAUGUUAAGGAGGGCGAUCUUGUCAUGACCUGGAACACCGGCGGUGUCUGGGUAACGGGAGUGGUGGCACUCAUUGCCCAAGCAUGGCUCACCUUCAUGUCCAUUCCGUGGAUUCGUAACCGCUACUACGAAUUCUUCAAAUCCACCCACUUCUUCAUGGCGAUGGUCUUUAUCAUAUUCUUCUUCCUCCACUGCGACUUCCGCAUGUCCUCUUGGGACUACUUCAUCGCCACAGCAGUCCUAUACACCCUCUCCUGGCUCUACUCCCAGUGCCGAACCUAUUUCGAACACGGCUUCAAGCACAAGGCCCGCCUGGCUGCGGAGACUGAAAAUACCUUAAGGAUCACCAUUGACACCACCAUGGAGUGGGGUCCGGGUCAGCAUGUCUUCCUGCGAUUCCUCACCUGUGGCGUGCACGCUUUCACCGCUCACCCAUUCACUAUCUGUUCUGUUCCCCAGAAGGGAAAGAAGAACCAGUUGGUUUUCUUCGUGAAACGCCGAGGUGGUGUGACCGGUCAUCUGAUGAGCCUUGCACUCAAGAACCCUGAUUCUCAGGUCCCGGUUCUACUGGAUGGCCCUUAUGGCGGUAUUCCCGAGGGCCGUCUGGUUGAUUUUGAGAAGAACCUCAUCAUUGGUGGAGGUGCUGGUGCUGGAUUGACCCUGUCCAUGGUCGAGGACUUCGUCCAACUCAACCAUCUCCGACCGAAGGAUGAGAUGAAGGUCAUCGUCGCGACUCGGGAUCCGGGUAUGCGCUUCUGGUAUAUUCAGACAUUGGAGGAAAUCGCCGCCCGGCAUUCCAAGCACGAUGUCAUCCCCAGACUCUCCAUCCAGAUCCACGAGACCUUCGCUGAGCAGGCCGGCCGGGACCCUGGUGCUGAAGAUCUCAAGUUGGAAGAUGGGUCGCGAGUUUCAAAGGUGCAUUCGAAGGAAUGUAGCCAGUUGACGACUGAGAUGUUCGGCGUGCAUUUCUUCAGCGGCCGCCCUGACUUGCCAGCUAUCAUGCACCAGAUGGCGAACCAGGAGGGAACUUCUCUGGGUGUUGUGGUGUGCGGACCUUCGUCGAUGCAUUAUGAUGUUUGCGAGACUGCUUCGGCGGAGCAGAGCAGGAUCAUGGCGAAGAAACCAGGCUCUGCGAGGGAGCUGUGGCUUCACACUGAGAACUUCUCAUACUAA